AUGGCAGAAGACACAAGUAUAUCUACAGGAGAGACUGGUGUUAUGUUCAUCAACACCCUACCUUGCAAUGUUCAUAUAAAAUCACCCAUGUUCAGUGAGGAGUUAAACAGUUUGGGAAUGAGUGAUUUCAUUGUGACUGACAGUGGAAAAUACAAAAUGACUGCUGAAUCUAAGUGCAAAGGCCAGAAUUAUAAAUUUGAAAAGACUUUCCAGUGUUCAGAAUUGAAGGCAUAUAGAAUGAUAUUGUACUUUGAUGUGAACAAGGGCUUGAAAUUGUCACAAUUUCCAGACAAGAGAGAUAAACCAAAACAUGGAAAUGCAGCAUUAAGUAUGUUUAGUAUAGAUGAUCUAGUUGAUACUCUCACCAUUAUAUCUACAAGUGCAGAUGCUCUGUCGUCCUCAGAUAUAGGGAUACAUUUUAAUGUGACCCCUUUUAAAGCAACAGAUUUUAUGGAGGUGGAACCACUGCGAUAUAAGAUAUAUGAACUGAGUGUAGUAUUUUCAAAGUUGAUUGACACUAGUCAGAAUUUACGCUUAAAGCAGUGGUGUUUAUACAGCCUAUGUUCACAACAAUGGGACUGAGUCUGUUGUUCACCUGUUUGUGGAUGUAACAGAAAACACAGUUUCUAUGAUGUGGCUUAUACCUCAGUAUAUACUCAUCACCCUUGGAGAAGUACUGUUCUCAGUUAGUGGGUUGUCCUUUGCCUAUUCCCAGGCACCAACAUCACUGAAGUCUGUUGUUCAAGCAGUUUGGCUGGUUACAGUGUCAUUUGGGGAUCUGGUUGUGAUAAUUGUGGCAAAUAUACACUCGAUACCAUCACAGAUGGUUGAAUUCUUCAUAUUUGCUACCCUCAUGUUUGUUGACACUAUCAUAUUUAUGAUAAUGUCAAAGUUCUACACUUACAAAGCGAAUUCCCUUGACUACUGCGAGCUGGUUGAAGAAGCGCCAGAAAUUAAUGUUUCGGAAAGAUCUGGAGGAGAGGAGCAUCCAUUGAAGAGCAUGACUAUGCCAAAGCCUACUACUACACAAAACUUUAAGGAAGAAUAGAUUUCUUGUUAAAAUAUACCUUUUUUGUCAUAUUUUAUAGUGCAUACUUACAAGUUUAAUUAGCAUUACUGGUAACUGAUUUCUUUCAUCACAGGCUUUUGUUUAUAUUAUGCAAAUAUAGAAAUAUCUUGGUACUGCAACCAGAUGUAUUAUGUGCAUUUAGCUGGCUAAUGUAUGCUAAAAUCAUUUUUAAUUUGUAUUUUUAUGCCCCCGAAGGGAGGCAUAUAGUUUUUGAACCGUCUGUCGGUCAGUCGGUCCGCAAUUUUCGUGUCCGGUCCAUAUCUUUGUCAUCGAUGGAUGGAUUUUCAAAUAACUUGGCAUGAAUGUGUACCACAGUAAGACGACGUGUCGCGCGCAAGACCCAGGCCCGUAGCUCAAAGGUCAAGGUCACACUUAGACAUUAAAGGAUAGUGCAUUGAUGGGCGUGUCCGGUCCAUAUCUUUGUCAUCAAUGAAUGGAUUUUCAAAUAACUUGGCAUGAAUGUGUACCACAGUAAGACGAUGUGUCGCGCGCAAGACCCAGGUCCGUAGCUCAAAGGUCAAGGUCACACUUAGACGUUAAAGGAUAGUGCAUUGAUGGGCUUGUCCGGUCCAUAUCUUUGUCAUCGAUGGAUGGAUUUUCAAAUAACUUGGCAUGAAUGUGUACCACAGUAAGACGACGUGUCGUGCGCAAGACCCAGGUCCGUAGCUGAAAGGUCAAGGUCACACUUAGACGUUAAAGGAUAGUGCAUUGAUGGGCGUGUCCGGUCCAUAUCUUUGUCAUCGAUGGAUGGAUUUUCAAAUAACUUGGCAUGAAUGUGUACCACAGUAAGACGACGUGUCGCGCGCAAGACCCAGGUCCGUAGCUCAAAGGUCAAGGUCACACUUAGACAAAGGUCAUUUUUCAUGAUAGUGCAUUGAUGGGCGUGUCCGGUCCAUAUCAUUGUCAUUCAUGCAUGGAUUUUAAAAUAACUACGCAUGAGUGUGUGACACAGUAAGACGAUGUGUCGCGCGCAAGACCCAGCUCCGUAGGUCAAAGGUCCUAAACUCUUAACAUCGGCCAUAACUAUUCAUUCAAAGUGCCAUCGGGGGCAUGUGUCAUCCUAUGGAGACAGCUCUUGUUCUUUUAUUUUUUUUAUUCCAAAUUUAUGGGUUUUUUUCUGUCAAAGGAACUGUGUGAAUAAACCCACACAAUUUUGUUUUGAGAUACAAACAUAUGAAAUCCACAUUGUAAUCUGUGAUACAUGGAAGACAGCAAGCCUGUAUGGCAACUGACAACACAUAGUGCAAGUGGCUAGAGGACGCUUUAUGAUAUUUUGCACAGGUUUUAGUUUUUUACUAGUAUCACAUGCUUAUGCAGCUUUCUUACUUAAAGUGGUAACAGAUAUUUUUAGAGUACUUUCGAACACUAUCAGAUAGAUUAAUGUAUGCAUUAAAGGGUGGUGGUACCGGUAAUGCUAUUAGCCGUGUGUAGUAUGUAUGGGACAUUUUUUAGACAUAUUAAAUGAUGAGGAUUGAACUAUUUUCAAUACAAGGUACUGUAGCUUAGUAUCUUAAAUAAAACCUGUAUCUUCCAAGAAUAUAGUGGAGUAAAUUUCAGGUGGAUGGCGUGUACCGUAAUCCUAGCCUCCGAUUCUAGGAUUACGGAAGUUCUGUAUUCCUAGACAACCCUAUGAGGAUAGGCUAGGAUUACGGAAAUAUUUAAGGGGCAUCAAAUAUAUGUUAGGACAUGUAUAAAUGAUGUUGUAAACUUACUUAUUUCACUUAAAAUAGUGAUUUUUCAUGCCUGUCGUAUUAUUUCGUGCUAUCGAUCCGCCAUUUUUGGUUUGUAUAAUCUUAAACGAUGAAUUAAUGGUGGUGCGCGGAAAUGUCGAAAAGAAAGAAAAAAAAAUAAAUACAAAAGAAGAAAGAAAAGAAAAAAAUAGAGAAGAAACAAUGAAAAAUGAGCUGGCUUACGGAAGGCCGGUGGUUCUACCCAGGUGCCUGCUCGUGAUGAAAUAAUGCACGGAGGGGCACCUGUGGUCUUCCUCCACAAUUAAAGCUGGAAAGUGGCCAUAUGACCUAUCAUGUGUCAAUGCGACGUUAAAUCAAAAAAAAAAAAAAAAAAAAAAUCAUGAAUAUGAAGUAAUAAUAUA